UCUAGGCCCACGAGACGCUUGCACUCGCGCGGCUCUCUCCGCUCUCCCCUCGCCGUGUUCGGGUAUGUCGUGCAUCGGCAUCGACGUCGGCUACGCCAACGGAGUUGUCGCGAUCGCCCGGCGCGGCGGCAUUGACAUCCUUGACAAUGAGGUGUCCAAACGGGCCACAGCGUGAGCAUCUCCCGGCCGCACCCUCGUCCUUCUCCGCCCUCGUUGCGAACGCUGGCGGCACCCGCGUCGCUGCUCCGCCGCCCCGCAGGUGCAUGGUCGGCUUCUCGGGCAGCGAGCGGAAGCUCGGCGAGGCUGCGCUCAGCGGGAUCACGUCCAACAUGACCAACACAGUGACGGGCCUUAAGGCCAUCGUGGGCAAAAAGUUCCACUCGGACGAGAUCCAGUCCGAGAUGCCGAAGGUAGCGUACAAGAUGAUCGACGUCGCGGGCAACGUCGGCAUCCCCGUCCACUACCGCGGCGAGGAGACCGUCCUCACCCCGGAGCGCAUCUUUGCCAUGUUCCUCAAGUCGCUGCAGGGCAUCGCCGAGCGCAACCAAGGCGCCCCCGUCACCGACGUCGUGCUCGCCGUGCCCGCAUACUUCACUGACGUCGAGCGGCGCGCUGUGCUCGACGCCGCCAAGGUCGUCGGCCUGAACGUGCUGCGGCUGAUGAACGACUGCACCGCCGCCGCCCUCUCGUACGGCAUCUACAAGACCGACUUGCCCGCCGACAAGCCGACCAACGUCGCCUUCGUCGACUGCGGCGCGAGCGACACCACCGUCUCCAUCGUCGAGUUUGUCAAGGGGAAGCUCAAGGUGCUCUCCGCCGCGUGCGAGCGCCACCUGGGCGGCGAGGACUUCACGCGCGUCAUCGCGGAGCACUUCAACGAGAUCUGGAAGGAGAAGCACGGCAUCGACGCCCACACCAACAAGAAGGCGUGGUUCCGGCUGAUGGUCGCCGCGGAGAAGACGAAGAAGGUUCUCUCGUCCAACCCGCAGGCGCCGAUCGCGAUCGAGUGCUUCAUGAACGACAUCGACGUCAAGGGGAUGCUCGAGCGCGACGAGUUCCUCGGCAUGUGCGCGCCGCUCAUGGCCAAGCUCGAGACGGUCAUCCGCGACGCCUUUGCCGGCUGCGGGAUCUCAAAGGAGGAGAUCGCGACGGUCGAGAUCGUCGGCGGCUCGUCGCGCGUGCCCGCCGUGCAAAAGGCCAUCUCCGAGUUCUUUGGGCGCGAGUGCUCCAAGACGCUCAACUUUGACGAGUGCAUCGCCAAGGGCUGCGCGCUGCAGGCGGCGAUGCUCUCGCCCGCCUUCAAGGUUCGCGAGUUCGAGGUCAAGGACGUGACGCUCUACCCGAUCGCCCUCUCGUGGUCGCCCACGGCGGCCGGCGCGCAGACGGACGCGAUGGAGGUGGAGGGCGAGGCGGACGCGGCGCCGAAGGCGGGCGCCUCCUCGUCGGUCGUCUUCCAGAAGUUCAACGCGGUCCCAAACUCGAAGAUGCUCACCUUCUCGCGCAAGGGCACCUUCACGCUCUCGGCGGCGUACGACGACUCGGUCUCCCUGCCGGGCGGCUUCUCGCCCUCGCUCAACGAGUUCACCAUCUCGGACAUCCCGCAGCGCCUGGACGCAGAGGGGAAGCCAGAGGCGUCCCGCAUCAAGGUCAAGCUGAAGCUCGACCUGAACGGCGUGCUCUCCCUCGAGUCGGCCGUCGUCCUCGAGGAGGAGGUGGUGAUCGAGGAGGCGCCGCCCGCCGAGCCCGCGCCCGCGCCCGCGCCGGAGGCGCCCGCGGGCGGGGAGGCGCCCGCGGAGGGGGCGGAGGCCGCGGACGCGGAGGCGGCGCCGGAGCCGGAGCCGGCGCCGGCGCCGGCGCCGGCCGAGGAGAAGAAGCGGUCGAAGAAGGUGAAGCGGAUCCCGGUGACGGUGAGCGAGGCAAAGUCGGUGGGCAUGAGCGCGCAGGAGCUGAUGGAGGCGCAGGAGGAGGAGGGGAAGAUGGCGAUCGAGGACAAGCGCAUCAAGGAGAAGGCGGACGCGAUGAACCAGCUCGAGGAGACGAUCUACUCGAUGAGGGACAAGCUCAGCACCUCGCUCUCUGCCUUCUCGACGGAGGACGAGAAGUCGCCUCUCAUGGCGCUAUUGACCUCGCUCGAGGACUGGCUGUACGAGGACGGCAUGGACGUGGAGAAGUCGGUCUACGACGCAAAGUACGCCGAAAUCAUGGACAAGUGCGGCCCGAUCGAGGCGCGCGCGCGCGAGGCCGACCUGAGGCCCGACGCGAUCGGCGAGCUGCGCAAGGCGCUCGCGCGCUUCUCCGAGUUUGUGGGCAGCUCCGAUGAGGCGUACGCGCACAUCGAGGCGGACGACAAGGCCAAGGUCGCGGCCGAGGUGGAGGCGGCGACGGCGUGGCUGUCGGAGGCGGAGGCGAAGCUGGCAGCGAGCCCCGCCACCGCAGACGCGCCCAUCAAAUCGGCCGAGAUCACGGCCAAGGCGAGCGCGCUGGAGGGCGUGUGCAACCCCAUCAUGCGGAAGCCCAAGCCGGCGCCCAAGGUGGAGGCUGCACCGCCCUCGCCCGCGCCGGCAGAGGCGGAGCCGGCGCCUGCCGCCGAGGGCGACGACGCGGCGGCGGAGCCUGCGGCCGCGCCGCCGCCGCCUGCGGGGGCGGAUAUGGACGUCGACUAAUGAUCCAGACGCAUUCUGGGGGCGCGGCACGGGGAGUUGCCCCGGCGCUGCGGUGGAGGCUGAGCACGCGCGGCACGUGCGUGCGCGAGCGGCGAAAGAGGCCUAGCCGGUUGCUGCUCGAUCGAUCAAGGUCGGAGGUGAUGCGGUGGUUUCCACUAGGGGGCGUGGCUUUAAUAUGCAUUUAUGCCAGUGAGAAAAAAUUGAUAGAGUGAAAUAAAUUGCUAAUUGGCGUUUUGGUAUUUGGAAUCGACGCGAUGUGC